GCCACAGAAGGGGGAGCCCAGAUCAGGGGGACGGGGGCUCCCAUUGUACUGCCAGGGGGAGCUAGAGAGACGCUUGCCCCAGCGCCCAAGAGAGCCUGUUGAGGUGUGGACAAGGAGAACCUCACCAAGCUGAUCCAACAUGCCAACAUCCAGCAGCAGAGCGACAUCAUAGACAACAUGCAGUUCCUGGGCAUCUCUCUCACGCCUGGGAGCGGGCAGCUGCGACCGGAGAGGAAGGCGCGGCUGGAGUCCACCUACCAGCUCUCCCGCUGGACCCCCAUGCUCAAGGACAUCAUGGAGGACAUCCUUGAGGACAAACUUGACAAGAAUCUGUGGCCCUUCGUGUCGGACCCGGUCCCUACCACCAGCUCCCAGGCUGCUGUCAGCGCCCGCCUCAGGCAUUGGCACAAGAACAAGCCAGCGACUGAGUACCGGACGGGCCCGCGCCUCAUCAUCUACGUGCUGGGUGGGGUGUCCAUAUCUGAGAUGCGCUGCGCCUACGAAGUGACCCCGGCCACCAAGGGCAAGUGGGAGGUGGUGAUCGGUGAGUGGGGUUCCAGUCACAUCCUGACUCCCAAGCGCUUUCUGGAUGACGUCCAAACCCUCAACCAACUGGCCCCCGAGGAGGCCUAGAAGCAGCCCCCUUCCCCCAGAGACUCUGCCCCCCACAGCUCGCUGUCCCCAGCUCCACCUCCUCUUCUCAACAAGGCACCUUCCUCCCUACUCCUGGCUGUGGUGUCAGUUCUUGGGAUGGGGGGAAUGACCCCCAGACUGCUUGGCUGUUAGGGCAGGGGGCAGGCCAGGCUCCCACCCUCUGGCACAGCCUCUAGGGCUGUCACCCUUUGUGCCCCAUGGCCACCCUGCCCCGAUGGGAUAGGGGGAGAGUCAGGCUCCGUUAUCUAUCAGCUUCAGACAUUCCUACCUCCCCUGCCUGGGUCCCAAAGCACAGCCCCUCCCCCUCCGCCUCCUGUCACCCCUCUGCCAGCAUAUGAGGGGGGGAGAGCAGCACUUCUAUUGCAGGCAGUUGGGGAGGGCAGGGGGCUGGAGGGCACUGACUUGGCCACCAGCCAUGGGUUGGGGCCUGGGCUGAGCCAGGUUUGGCGCAGGGAUGGCCUGGCUGGGUGCGCCGUUUGUGAUCAUCUGGGCCUGGCCUAGGCCACAUUAGGCUAGCCCCCCUUCAAGCCCAGUGCCCCUGGCUGGUUCACGGGAGGGAGGGAAGGCGCGGGGAGGGCAGGCCAGCAUGUUAGCCUCAGAGUGCCCCAGGCUUGGCAAAAGAGGAUCCCAGCCUUCCAGGGGGCUUGGAAAAUGCCCAGCAGCACCCGUGUGACACAAAACCUCAAUAACAGGCACCCAGAGCGGGAGUGACUCACAUGAUUUGGGGGCAGAGCUGGGCAUGGAACCCAGGAGUCCUGCCUCCCAGCCCCUGAUCUAACCCCUAGACCCUACUCCCCUCCCAGAGCUCAGCACAGAACCCAGGAGUCCUGCCUCCCAGCCUGCCCUGCUCUGCCCAUCCUUCUCUCCCCUCAUACUCCUGCUAAUAAUUGCACACGCAGCCUGCUGGGGAAUGUGCCCCGGAACAGGUCAGUCACUUCGAGCCCAGCAGCCCCUGUUUCCCCUGCCCCCUGGGCCAGCUCCUGUCUCCCUGCUGGGCAAACGAGCACUGCCAGCGCUGCGUGCCUGCUGUGGACGGGGUGAGAGACUCUGGCACCUCGGAUCUGCCGCUCGGGCCCAGCCCCAAUCUGCUCAGUGCGGAGCUUUCCAUCCCUGAUCCCCGUGGGGAAUUAUCAGCCACAAUUAACAGCCAUUUAGAUAAUUGCUGCGCGGCUGCCAGGCAGGAUUGGCGGUGGAUUGGGGGCAUGGAAUUAAAAUGCUCCAGCGGAGACACCUGCCCAACUGUGGGCUCGCCAGCUCCCACCAUGGCUGCCCUUACAGCUGGGCUGCCACCGGGGCUCCAUGUGCACCCCAGGCCUGCACCUUGAGUAAGGGGAACCCCAGCCACACACACAAACCCUCAGCCUGCCCCCAGGUUGCAAGCUUGAGACAGCCAGCCAUGGGCCUGGUCAGUGCCAGACGGGAAGGUGGGUCCAGCAUGAUGCUGCCCUGGCUCUGCCACGCUCUGCCCCAGGCCCUGGUGAGGGCAGCUGGAGAGGGUUGCACACAUCAGCCCAUGCAGUGGGCCUGGGGGAGCUGAUCACUGUGCUGGUCCCAGUCCUGGGGGCUGGUGGGAAUGGGGUGCCAAGAUGCCCCUGUCUCCCAGUGCCAGGGCCCCCAAGACCUUUGGGCCUGGAUUGGGUGGAUCAUGACUAAGGCGGAGCUUGGAUCCAGGGCCAGGUGAGGCUGUACCAGGUUUGCAGAAGGGCUCAGCCUGCAGAGACCUGCAUGCAGACCCUGCUGGAGGGAGAGUGUUUGGGGCAGAGCGGG